AUGGAAGACGAUUCUGAAGACUUUGUCAAAGAAAAUGAACACAACAACAAACAGGCCACUAACAAUUCAACUUGCUAUGUCCAAAGCAUAAUAAUACUGCAACAUGGUGGCAGAGGACUUGCCUCCUUGGGCACUCACAUUGUGCAAAAGCGAUUUUCAAAUCUUGUCCAAAACAUACCUACAAUUUAUAUUAAAAAUGUGGCGAGGGUCGUCUUGGUGUUCUCCCCUACUGCUUCUUCCGUCGACACGCUCGUCUUCGCCGAACUUGAUGUGAAAUAUCCCAAACAGUGGCGCUUCUUGAAUUUGAAAAUGCUCUGCAGAUACUUUGGACCUGUCACUAACAAUUCAACUUGCUACCACCCCAUGCAGUUUUAUGUCAGCAACGCAAAAAUUCUUCUAACAGUUGAGGCAUUCUCCAACAUCAGUCUUGAGGCGGAUCAUAAACGAAAUUUCUGGCAAAUUAGGAGGGUCAUAGAAAUUCACUCAAACACACUCAACGAAAUGUUUGAUGUAAGAAAAUUCAUUAAUCUUCUUUCAAAAGUAAACUACAAAAAAAUUCCAAAAAAAGUUGAUGAAAUUUUGCUUGACGGUUUCCGAGUGUUUGUCGAUGCUGUAAAACACAUUUCUCAACAUAGAUUGAUUCCAUUGUUCAAGCAGCUGCACAAGUUAGAUGCAAAGGAUUCAGUUGUGUUUCAUGAACUUGAAAAUGAUCUGCAGAUUGUUUGGACCUGA